AUGAACGCUAGGAAACCUAUUUUUCAAAAGCCAAGUGACGAUAUUCUGUAUCCUGUACGAAACAAAAAUGGAGAAAUAGAGACUUUAGUAAAUCCAAGCAUAGACUCGGCACUAACAAUAGAUAAUGAUUCAAAAACCAAUGUAGUAUAUAAUCGGUAUCACCACUUACCUUUAGAUGCUCAAAGACAGAAGUUACCAGUGUUUCAGUAUAGAAAUCAUAUAUUGUAUUUGUUGGAAAAAUAUCAGACAUUGAUAUUAAUUGGUGAAACAGGAUGCGGGAAGUCUACACAGGUUCCACAGUACCUGUAUGAAGUCGGUCACAAGGUGUGUGUAACCCAACCUCGUGUUACGGCGGCCGUGUCGCUCGCGUGUCGGGUGGCUGAAGAAAAGGGGGAUGCGGUUGGAGGGGACGUGGGGUAUGCGGCCGCCAUGACAGCCUGCAGGUCUCCCGACACAGGCAUCGUGUUCAUGACAGAGGGCGUGCUGUUGAGAGAAAUGUUUGCGUCACCUCUUCUUAUGCAGUAUUCUUGCAUUGUUUUGGAUGAGGUCCACGAGCGGUCACAGAUGACAGAUGUCUUGAUGGGACUAUUGAAGAAGAUAGCUAGGAAACGCAAGAACUUGAAAAUAGUGGUGUCAUCCGCAACGAUGGACGCGGAUUUCUUGAAAGACUUUUUCAAUCUAGCUGAUAAGAAGGACGGACAAUUCGACACAUCUGUCAUUAUGUCCAUGCAAGGACGGACUCAUCCGAUUGAUGUGUUUUAUAUAGAAGAACCCGCUGCAGAUUACGUUAGAGCGACAGCUGACGCAAUCAUUAAGAUACACGAAAACCAGCCGUUUGGAGACAUAUUAGCGUUUUUGACUUCACAGGAAGAAAUCCUAUCAGCGUUGGAAACACUACAGACGUACGCUGAAGAAAAUAACGAGAAAAAUAAAUAUCGUAAGACCUUCCCUAGUGGGAUUCAAGCGGCGAACGUAUCAGUGUUGCCAAUGUACGGAAGUCUGCCCUUAUAUAGGCAAAUAAAAGUAUUCCAGAUGGGCGACAGGAAUGUUAGGAAGGUCGUCCUAGCUACGAAUAUAGCGGAAACUAGUGUUACCAUACCCGGUAUUGUUUAUGUUGUGGAUUGUGGCUUUCACAAGUUGCCAUAUUUUGACCCCGUACUUGGUGUAGAGUGUAUGUCUGUUUGUCCGAUAUCCAAGCACAACGCGACGCAACGAGCUGGCCGCGCGGGACGAACUGCUAGAGGAAUGUGCUACAGAUUAUAUACAGAAACAGAGUAUGAGAAGUUACCAGAGAGCGUACCGCCAGAGAUGUGUCGCAGCGAUUUGUCUGCGGUCCUCUUAAAUCUGAAAGCGCUGGGCAUUCAUAAUUUGUUAAGAUUCACAUUUCCCACUCCUCCGCCAGCAAAAAGUCUUCUAUCGGGCCUAGAAACGUUAUAUGCGUUGAAUGCGAUCGAUAAAUCUGGUAAUCUUACUGAAGAUAUUGGAAGCAAAAUGGCGGAGUUACCUUUGAAACCGAUGUGUGCUAAGAUGUUGAUCAAUAGUGGUGAAUUCGGUUGCGUAGACGAAAUGCUAAAUAUUGUUUCGAUGUUACAAAUGGACAGCGUUUUUCCGAAACAGUCGACUGGGAAGGGAAACGUAGCAGCGAGGAUAUCAAGAAGGAAUAAUUUUGAGGUGGCUGAAGGUGACGUCAUCAUGUAUCUCAAUCUCUUGGACUCGUAUUUAAAAAUAAGAAAUGUACAAAAGGACGAAAAGACAGCAAGGAAAGCCUGUAAGGACUGGUGCCAGAAGAUGUUCGUUAACUAUAGAGUUAUGGAGAAAGCUUGUGAAGUUCGGAAAAGCUUAGAGAAGUUGAUAAAAGGAAAAUUCAAUAUCGAGAAUCAACAGUUUGAGGGCCCCGACUUAGGAUCAGCAAAAUGUGAACGUGUAAUGAAGUGCGUGUUGUCUGGUCUGUUCCCUCAAGCUGCGUGUCUGGGCAUCGAAGGUGUAUACCGAGGUAUAAGAGGGGCCCGGCUACACAUCAGCCCGGAUAGUUGUCUGUUUCACAUGCAACAGCCCACAUGGGUUGUAUUUGCCAGCGUGCAAACGUCAGGAGACAAAAUUUACAUGCGAGAUAUGAUGACGAUCAAGAAGGAAUGGCUCCUGGAGAUCGCGCCACAUUAUUAUACCGAAAGCUAA